UCUGCAAGGGGCGCUAGCAGCCCCGUCUUGUCUUAUAUGGGGAACCCCAGAAUGAGCAGAAAGCUACAAGCCUCGGCUGGUUAAUGCCACGAGUCCUUCUUUCAGUCUAGCUGAGUGAGGCGUUUCUUGGAUUGAUUUUUCUCUCUCCUCCCCUGGCAAUUGUUUCGGGGGUACCAGCGGGACUACUUGAUGAUCCGAGAGCAAAAAUGAAGGAACAUAAAAGAAAACAAAAAAUCGAUGCAGCUAGAAUGAUUGGCAACUUGAAUAAACAGAGUGCCUGGAGUGAACAGGCUCAUUUUGAUAGAAAGCCUAAAAGAGAUGCUAAAAAAUCUAAUUUGCCCACUGCCUGCGAAAUGCACUCUGAAGAAAAAGAAAGGAGACGUAAUAUAGAUGGUAUUCAGUGGGACGUGGAUGUGCAGCCUCUCAUAUCCUCCACCAAAUGGCUUCACCUUCAUGGACUCAAGAGGAACAAGUUAUCUCUUUCUCAAAUUUUAUCCCAAAUUGGAUUUCAGCACAGGGAAGAUUAUGUGUCCAUCUUGGGGAAACUUGUGGCUUCUCGAUAUGCAAAUGGACUUUAUCGUCAAUACAUGACACCACAAGAUGGCAAGCUGUACAAUCUGACAGCCAAAAAGGACCUUCUUCUUCAUUUUGUGGAUUGUCUGACUGGAAUGAUUGGACUGUAUAAACAGAGGAUGGAAUGGCUAACCACCGAAAGCCGGCAAAUAUUUGGAGUGAUUCAGGAACAGAGCAUCACUGUUGUUCUGGAUUUUGGUGCUCCUUCUAGAGAGGAAUUUGAUCUAUGUCAAGAGGCGCUUUCUAUGGUCUUUACACAGCAAGUGACCCAAAUUGCCAGAUUUAAUGUCAUUCAGGCUGCUCAAGAUCUUGUGAAAUGGCAGGAGAAGACAGUUCCUGUGACUGAGCAUUCUAUCCAGGCUGCUCUUGAGUGGCUCUGGACACUGGACCUCAUGCCAGCUGUUUGCCUCACGGCCCCCACAGAAGCUCUCUUGGAGGCAUUGUUUGACGAGACGACGGAAGCAGUGUACUACUUCGUUGUGGGUGAUACACCUGAAUGCAUGAAGCACUUGCUUCUACAGAAGCUUUCAAGGAGCCCAUUUCCAGUCCAUACAGUGUCUUUUAAUGCCCAAGAGGAGGAAACAAUUGCUUUCUUAAAGGAGCUGAGUCAUCUGACCACUGGCAGGUUCCAUGCAUUUCUUGAGAGAAAGGACUAUUUAGACAUGGUGGGAACGUCAAUAAACCAGGACAAGGAGGAAAGAAGCUUACCUACUCAAAACUCAAGAAAACUGAAAGGAAACUUGCCUAUAGGGGCAGGUGUCAGAGAAGAUGUCUUCUUGAUCUGGAAGGAGCUGGAGGAAGCCAGGAAUACACUGAUACAAGUUCAGAAAAUUUUGUCAGAGUUUGAGCAGUGCAAGUCUGUUGAUGCCACUAGCACUGACUAUUCAUCAGGUGAUCCAAAAGCAGAGGCUUAUGUGAAUUCCAAGGUCUGGCUUGAGAAGAAUGGCUUGAAAGCACAGAACCUGACAAUAUCUAAAGCAUUUGGAGAUUGUACCUUUCGCCAUGCAGAUGGGAUUGUUGAUAUCAAAACCAAGCCAAAGGAUGAAUCUUUGCAAACUGAUGCUGAGACUAACAAGAAGAUAGUCCAUGCAAAAUACUGUGACAAGUUUUUACAUACAUACUUGGAAGAUGGGACUAUUGUUCACAUACAGUUAGAUAAUGAAAGGUGCAGGCAGUUUGAAGAUAGAAUGAAGAGUGCUCUCGAUCAAAUGGAAGGAAGACUUCAGGAGCUGCAGAAAGGGAGCAGAGCACUCUUUGGGGAGGUAAUGGAAGAUCACAUCUAUAUUCUAAUUGAUACAUCUCAGUCUAUGAGGGAGAAACUGCCAGUGGUGAAACAGAAAAUAUUUCAGCUCAUGUUGGAACAACUGUGGAACAAAACCAAGUUUAACCUUGUUAAAUUUGAUGCUGAAGUAGUGACAUGGAAAGAGAAACUUACUGAAGUUAAUGAACUUAAUUUGGAGGAUGCUUUGCGUUGGGUAAAAGAACUAGAGGCUGGAAGUUCUACAAAUACACUGAAAGCUCUUCAGAUUGCCUUUGCUGAUGGUGGCACUCGAGCCAUCUAUCUUCUUACUGAUGGGAGGCCUGAUCAGCCCCCGCAAAGAAUCCUAGCCCAUCUUGAACUUCAGCGGAAAAUUCCAGUUCACACUGUUUCCUUUAACUGUGAUGAUACCAGUGCUAAUAAAUUUUUACAUGAGUUGGCUAGUGAGACAGGUGGACGGUUUCAUUACUAUCAUAUUAGUUUGAAGGAUCCUGAUGCUCCAAAACCUUUUGAGUGUGAGGAAAUAUAUCUUAUUAAAAAAGAGAUUGAACAAGGAGAAAAGGAACUGAAGAAAAUACAGGCCUUUCAUAAUGACCAUCAAUUGACAGAUCGGUUUAAUGGAGCAAACAUUCUUCAGAAUAAACAUCGCAGGCAGCCUUUUACUGCAUCCACAGUAAGCCCACGGGUUGAGGGACUGAAUCCCCUACCUCCUGAUAGGCCAUAUUGUACUUCUGAAGAGCCUGCAUCAGCUUCACCCCAGCUUGGUACAGAUGGAUGUCAGGCACGCUCUGAGAGUCCAGCCAGAAAGAAGAAAGCAUUGCAUGCAGAGCAAACAAAGAGUAGUAUGCUUAGAACUCUGUGCCAUGCAGCAAAGCCUUCUGAACAAAGUCCCAGUAGAAGAGCAUCUGCAGAGAGAAAAAUGCUCCCUACAGAGCAGAAGACCCAGAAAACUGAGAAAAAGAUGGAUAAAGACCCUUUAGAUACUUCUUCAGCUCAGUGGUUAAAGACUCAUGGUUUGGUUGCUAGGCGACUCACCAUAAUGGAUGCCUUAGCCCCAACAGCUGUUCCUCGCACAACAAAAUACGUUCCAGUUAUAGACAAACAUGUUGUUUCACGAGUAUUUGAUGAAGUCUUACCCUUUGCCCAUGUGAGCAGUGAUAAGAAAUUUGUCACGCUGAUUAAUCCUCAGGCAGUGAAUCUUGAUGCAUACAAGGAAAAAGUGAAGGAAGCAAUAAAAGCAUAUGAAAGGCGCCUUGAUCUCAUUAUUUGGAGAGCAUUACCUCAGAAGGAAAAAUACAAGUUUGAACAGGAACAGCCUGUCUCGUACAUGGAACGUAAGGCAUCUUUGCUAGAGGUCUUAGAAGAUCUGGAUUGGCCUGUUGCCCAAGAAGAUGUGAUGUUGCUGGAAGAUGAGAUUCUGACAGGUUUAACGUACCUAAAACAAGCCACUGAUCUUCAAGAAGCUUCUAGAGAAGAACCCCAGAGAAUAUGCCCGCUUCAGAUCUGUCCCAACCCAGCGAGACAUGAAGCAAAGCUACUACCGGCAAAGAAGCAGCAGAAAGGAAAAGCAUUUGAUGCUCUCAGAGGUCGGAAGGUUAUUGCAAGAUCAGAAAGCACAGGAUUUUAUUAUCCGGGGACAGCAAUAAGAAGCAUCACUUCUUGUUAUGCACUUGUUGAUUUUGUUAAUGGACAAACUGAGAUUGUCCCACUGAGGUUCAUUAUGCCUGUGGGUGGUGCAAUGCCUUGCCCACCCUUACAGAUUGGAGACUACGUACUUGCUAGAGUUAGCAAGCAAUCGGGAGAUGAGGUUUAUGUACCUGGUAUUGUCAUAGCAACACCAGAUAAAACUGGUACAGAUGAUAAACUCUAUGCAAUUUUGAAAUAUAACAACAAAAAGGGAUACUGUGUACGAAAUGGGCUUAUUAAAAUCAGUCAUAGAAGGUAUACCUGUUCCUGCUGCUACAUAAGCAUGAGCCGGAUGAUGGAUUACGUUGUGCCAAAUGUAAAGAUUGCGAAGCACUUCCACAGAGCACUUCCAAGUGGGGGGAGAGAGAAAAAGACAGUCUCCGUAGGAGGAGACUUGAAGAAGAAGAAGAAAACAGGAAGAGCUAAGAACAAGAAAGAGCACAGCAAGGAGGCAGCUACAUCUGACUCUGAUGAGGUGGUAUUUGUUCCCAGAAGGGUGGUGAAAUGGAGAGAAAAUAAUUCACCCCUCCAUGUGAAAGAAAGAAGAGAAGCACCUUAUUCAGCAUGCCGCCGUUCUUCAAGGGACACAGACCGGUGGCUCUCUUCCAGCACUUCUGAUUAUCGGCUGCCUAGGCAGCUUAGUUCCUCCCAUCUUUCAGUGCACCGCAAGAGUGCCCCGCAGCUUGCUAGGACAUUCAGCAGUAGCAGCAGCACCAGUAAUGGCUCCAUGUCGAGUAUUGAGAAGGUAGAAGAGUUGGCCAGACGCCUUCAGCAGUACCAUAUAGCUCAAAGGCAAAGCCUCUCUGAAGAUAUGAGUCAAGACCAGAGCAUGUCAUGAAUGCUGAGGGGAGGGAGUCAUCAUCACCAGCUAUGAAACAGUAUUCUGCCAAUGCUAAAUAAACCAUUUUAAUUUGA